ACCUCCUCAUUAAAUUGUUCCACCAGAAUGACCCAAUGACCUCUCUCAAUAUAAUUCUUACAAGGGGCUGGCUUUGAAGAGGAGCCUGGCUGGUAAGUAAGAAAUACAAUUUUGUACAAUUUCUUUCUCACAGAUCCCACAGGGAGCCAUGCUGUCCCUAAAUUUGAAGCACAGGAGGGGCCAAGGAUAGAAGCAGUUUACACACAAGAGGAGCCCUUUGACCAGGAGUGGUGUGCAAGUCUAAAGCAGGUUACAGAGCUGACAUGUGUUAAAGAUGAAGAGGUCCCUCGACUGGAAUGUGUUCCUGUUAAAGAGGAAUUCAUAGAACAGGAAUGUGUCCCCAUCGCAGAGGAAGUUCCUACUGAAAAUAAUGUCUGUACAUUUGAGGAGAACAACCAGCUGGGAUCCAGCCUGUGUGAUGAUUGUCCACCUGAAUGUGAACUGGGAUUUAGAGCUUCUACAGUAGAUGAAGGAGAACACGACUCCACUUCAUCACCCCACUGCAAAAACUCUUCUAGUGGCAAACUGCAGAGCAGGAAAGACAGAGAGAUGACCCAAGAAGAACACAUAAAGAAAUUGAGAACUUGCUCAGUUAAAAUUCAUUAUUUACAAGACAGACCACCACUUACUCUGCAUAAUACAGAGACUGCACAUUCUGUGUGUGUGAACAACUCUGAAACCCGGGGCAACUUGAAGACCUUGCCUUUUUCUGCUAAAGCUGGGAAGAGUUCCCGUCAAUUAGGCUCUCCUAAAACUCCCAAGGGAAGUCACACAGAAGAGACUUCAUUUCCCUGUGCUGAUUGUGGGAAGAGAUUCAGUUGUUUAUCACAUCUGAAAACACACCAGCGUGUUCACACAGGAGAGAAACCUCAUUACUGCACUCAGUGUGGGAAGAGAUUCACACAGUUAGGACAUCUUCAAUCACACCAGCGCAUUCACACAGGAGAGAAACCUUAUAACUGCAAUUACUGUGAGAAGAGCUUCAGUGAAUUAGGAAGUCUUAAAAAACACCAACGAAUUCACACAGGAGAGAAGCCAUACCACUGUAAUGACUGCGAGAAAAGUUUCACUCAGUUACAACAUUUAAAAGCACACCAACGAAUUCACACUGGAGAGAAACCCUACCACUGUAAUGAAUGUGAGAAGAGUUUCAGUCUGUUAGAAAAUUUAAAAAAACACCAACGAAUUCACACAGGAGAGAAACCAUACCACUGUAAUGAAUGCGAGAAGAGUUUCAGUCAGUUACAAAAUCUUAAAAAACACCAACGAAUUCACACAGGAGAGAAGCCAUACCACUGUAAUGACUGUGAGAAGAGUUUCAAUCAGUUACAACAUUUAAAAACACACAAGCUGAUUCACACAAGAGAGAAACCACACCACUGUAAUGAAUGUGAGAAGAGUUUCAGUCAGUUACAAAAUCUCAAAAAACACCAACGAAUUCACACAGGAGAGAAACCCUGAAUGCUGGGAAAGGUUGAAUCUGGUGGAACACAUUAAAAACCAGAACAUAUUAGCAAGACAAAAAACCCUGUCACUGAA